AUGCUACGCACUACUAGACUAUGGAGCAACCGCAUGCCCGCCGUGGGGAAGCUGUUUUUGAGAAACAGCUCCAGCAAUGCCCUGAACAAGAACAAGUUGCCCUUUUUGCACUCAUCCCAGGGGCCUCAGGCUGUGAGAUACACUGCCCAACAUGAGUGGAUAGCUGUGCACCAGGACAAGACAGCCUUUGUCGGAAUCACAAAGUACGCAACAGACGCCCUGGGGGACGCUACCUACGUUGAGCUGCCAGAGGUGGGCACCGAGAUCGCCCAAGGUGAGUCGCUAGGGUCCAUCGAGUCCGUCAAGUCGUCCUCUGAGAUAUACCAGCCUGCUGACGGUACUGUAGAGGAGAUUAACACUCAUCUCGAGGAGAAUCCAGGCGUGGUGAACGAAGAUCCCAUGGGUGAUGGCUGGCUGGUCAAGAUGAAACUGGGCGAGAACGUCAAUGUGGAACAGGUCGAAGGCCUGAUGUCCCUAGAGCAGUACGAAAAGACACUGGUCCAUGACGACUGA